AUGGGAAAUAGCAGACGAAUGGGAACGACGAUGACGACCUACCACCAACGACAGAGGGUCUUCAAUGUCGAGGGAGGUUGUUAUGCGAAGGCUAUCGAUCUCACUCACGAGAAUGAACCGGAGAUCUUCGAUGCGAUUCGUUUUGGCGCGGUCCUUGAGAAUGUGGUUUUUGAUGCUAGUACUAGAGUCGUGGAUUAUCAUGAUACCAGUGUGACGGAGAAUACUCGAUGUGCCUACCCCCUCAGCCACAUACCUAAUUCUAUCAUCCCCGCAGUGGUUGAUAAUCAUCCAUCUAACGUGGUCCUGCUCUGUUGUGAUGCAUUCGGUGUUCUACCCCCUGUCUCGGUCCUCGAUCCCGACCAAGUCCAGUAUUACUUCAUAUCGGGCUACACGGCUAAAGUGGCGGGUACGGAACAGGGCAUCACUGAACCUACAGCGACGUUCUCCGCUUGUUUCGGAGCGCCCUUCUUGGUCUGGCAUCCGGUUGUUUAUGCGGAAAUGCUCUCGCAUAAGAUCCAAAAGCACAAGUGCACUGCAUAUCUCCUCAACACAGGCUGGAUUGGGGGUGGUUACGGCGAGGGGAAAAGAUGCAGUCUGAAAUACACACGUAAGAUGAUCGACGCCAUGCACGAUGGAACCAUCAAGGCCAUGCUCGAGGACGGUGAAGACAAUUUUGAUACUCUCCCGUUAUUCAAUUUGAAGGUGCCGAGGUCACUCCCUGGGGUUCCGGAUCAUAUACUAUACCCGAAGGAUGGUUGGGAAGAUAAAGAGAAGUUUGAUGCCACUCUGAUGAAGUUGGCGAAGUUGUUCGAACAGAAUUUCCAGGAGUACGCAGACAGAUGUCCACAGUCUGUGAGAGAAGCAGGCCCUCAAGUCGAAUAGGCGGGGCUCUCAUGGCUGGUAUGACUUUUUUAUAUAAGACGUUUUAUGGAGCUCAUCGCUCCUGAGAAUAUUGUAGUUCCACCGAGGAUUUCCAUGUGGAGACCGAGGUGCGAACAGGUCGUUGAGACAGUCGUAUUUAUUUGAGACUAU